UUGAAGAAACAAAAUUCCAGCUCUUGACCUAAUAGUAAUUCUCUCUUCCCACCUUUGCCGAUUAAUUCACAAAUUCAAAGCUUUCUUCUGAAGUCUCUUUUUCCUUUCGAGAUCUUCUCUUUCUAUUUGCAUCGUCGAUCGAAUUAAACAGGUUCGGUUGAAGAAGCAUUAAUUCAUCUAAGGAGGUCUCUCAUAUCACCAAUUUUUGUAGGAAUCCAUGAACUAAUGGAGUCUAAAGGUGGGAAGAAGAAGACUAGUAGUAGUUCCUUAUGUUACGAAGCUCCCCUAGGUUAUACUAUUGAAGACGUUCGACCAAACGGUGGAAUCAAGAAAUUCAGAUCAGCUGCAUACUCCAACUGCACUCGCAAGCCAUCCUGAUAUUUCCCGUGUUUUAGAAUAAACCACCAGAGGUGGUUCCAGUAAAAAGUAGUUUAAAUUUAGAAUUCUGUUCUUCUCAACUCUUUUUCUUCAUCCCUCAUCCUCGUUACACUCUCCAAAAAGUAAUCCUUCCUGAACACACUCUUUCAAGCAAGAUGGAAUUGCCGGUUUCUGCCAUCGGAUUUGAAGGUUACGAAAAGCGACUUGAGAUUUGCUUUUUCGAGUUAGGAAACUCUUAUGGCCCUGGAUGUGGCCUACGGUCCCUCUCCAAAGAUCAAUUGGAUGAAAUUCUGACACCUGCUGCAUGCACCAUAGUGUCUUCAUUGGCUAAUGAUGAAGUCGACUCUUAUGUCCUUUCAGAGUCCAGCCUCUUUGUCUACGCUUACAAGAUCAUAAUCAAAACUUGUGGCACCACAAAACUGCUGCUCUCGAUCCCGCCCAUUCUUAAGUUGGCUGAUGCACUUAACCUGAAAGUGAAGUCUGUGAGGUACACACGCGGUUGUUUCAUCUUUCCUGGAGCUCAGCCAUACCCACAUCGCCACUUCUCUGAAGAGGUGGCCGUACUUGACACCUAUUUUGGCAAGCUUGGUGCAGGCAGCAAUGCAUAUGUGAUGGGCAAUGCUGAUAAACAACAGAACUGGCAUGUCUAUUCUGCUUCAGCUGAAUCUGCCGAUGCCAAUAAUAUGAAUCCAGUUUAUACACUGGAGAUGUGCAUGACUAACUUGGACAAGAAGAAGGCAUCUGUAUUUUUCAAGACUCAAUCUAGCACUGCU